GUAUCUUUCCCCCCCUAAUUUUAUGAAAAAGAUGGAAGAAAAUUCAAGAAGUAAAAUGCGGGAUUCGACAACAAUUCAUGAAAACAGCAGUUCGAUCCUACCAGAAUCGACUCCAUCCCGAUCUCCAAGAAGUACUGAAAUGACAGCAUCCAUAUCCCUUGGAAAUCUAUCAGGAAAAACCAGUAAAGCAUCAUCCAGCCUCAUAUCUCCUCAGAAUGGUGACUCCCAAUGGCACAAAAACUCCCCCUCAAAAAUCGUGUCCAUCAAAAACUGGAGUAUAUCAACAUACAAGUGCACUAAACAACUCAUGUAUGAAAAAUUUGGUAAAUCCUCCAGAACUAUGGAUACAGAACUAGAGAACCAGAUAGAAGGAUUACGUGACACCCAGAAGAAGUACGCAAAUAUUCAUUUAAUGGGCGAAGCCUUUUCAGACUUGGCGCAGAAAUCACCAGAAUUACAAGAGGAAUUCUUGUAUAACUCAGAAACUCAGCGAAAUUUGAUGAAAAAUGGCGAAGUACUUCUAAGUGCAUUACAUUUUUUUAUAUCAUCAGUGAACACACUGUGCAAUAAAACCAUUGAAGAUACACUUCUCACCGUUCGUCAGUAUGAAACUGCAAGAAUUGAAUACGAUGCUUACCGUACGGACCUGGAACUGCUGGUUCAAGCAAGUAGUUCAGAGACGAACAGUGAACGGUUAGAGAAAGCACAGACAAAUUUUGAACGCCACAAAAUGGAUUUUGAGAAAUUACGAGCUGAUGUUGUCAUCAAACUCAAAUUCCUCGAUGAAAAUAGGGUUAAAGUUAUGCAUAAACAGCUCCUCCUGUUCCAUAACGCCAUCUCUGCAUAUUUUUCUGGAAACCAACAAGCUUUAGAGGCAACCCUCAAACAGUUCAACGUGAAAGUCAGACCACCGAAUUCAGCCUUACCCUCUUGGUUGGAGCAAUAAUAAUCGGUUGCCUAUCAUAUUUCUCAUAUUCCAAUGCAGGAUCUCAUCCGUUCAUGAACUAAAUCUAAGUCAGAGUGAUUAGUUUUAAAGAUUGUACAUGAUUUUAUUAAUUCAACAUUUUUUUAUCUCAUUUUUUAGUUUUGAUCGACUACAGUGUAAGUUGAAAAGUCUGUCAAAAACUCAAAGACGUCCUUGAUCAGAUCUAGUCAUAGCCAAAGAUUUUGACUAUAUCAUCAGAUGUUUGGCUCCUUAAAGUUUUGAAUAGUCAUAAAUUGUGAGUACUUAAGAGCCAAAUUUAUUGUUAACCUAUAUAAUACAAUUUGUAUGCCAGAACAUGUUAUUUGUUUAAUAAAAAGCUGAGUUCUUUCUAUAA